UCAGCAGAGAGGGAAGAAGAACACACACGAAAACGACAGCCAAACUGAAAAAAAAUGGCGUUCAAGCUUGGUGUUUCAGCUCUUUGCCUCGCAAGUUUUGUAGCUUUAGUCUGGGGUCAUGGGUAUAUGAUCGACCCGCCCUCCAGGAACGCCUGUUACAAAGUGUUCCCUGGUAAUUGUCCUGCUAACUACAAUGCUAACGAGCAGAACUGUGGAGGGAGAAAUGUGCAGAUUUCUCUUGGCGGCAAAUGUGGUGUCUGUGGAGAUAAGUACGGGGUGGCACGUCAUAUCUACCCUGGAAUGUACGCCAAUGGAUUCAUUACUAAAACCUAUAAACAAGGACAGCAGAUAACGGCUAAGAUCCAUAUCACAGCCAAUCACCAAGGACGCUUUGAAUUCCGAGUUGGUAAGAUUGGCAAACCUCCCAUCACCCAAGAGAAGCUCACACACCUCUUGAAAUCUCCCGAAGGCAGUACACGAUAUUACCUCAAAGGAUCUGGGUCUAGCUACGAAACAAUCAAGCUGAUACUCCCCCCUGGCUUGACAUGUGAUCACUGCGUGCUCCAGUGGUGGUGGAAGGUUGGUAACAGCUGGGGUUGUGAUGACGAGGGGUGUGGCUUAGGACACGGUAACCAGGAAACCUUUGUCAAUUGUGCUGACAUCAAAAUUGUCCCUUGAAGACCUUAGGGUAUUUCUCUCUCAAGAAAUAUGUAAUGAAAGCUUUGGUCAAUAAAAUGUACUCUCUCUCAGUCA